AUGCCGACUGAAAAUACAAAUGCAUCUCGCGCCUUCGACUACGGCGUCGGCGUAACAGGCGAGAACGUCGAUUUCGCCGAGGAGUCGGGCCUCGAAGCGCCCGGCGUCCACGACAAAGCCCUCCUCGACAGGCUCAGAGACGCGCUGAAACCAGGCGAUGCGCGGAAAGCAGCCUCUUCGUCUUCUUCAGCCGACACAACACAUGACGGGCGACACGGCGGCGUGGAAGAAAUCAUGAAGCCCGGCCACCGCGACUACGACGAGGGCGCUCAUCACGGCCUCGGAGGCGCGGCGAGCGGCAUACUCGGCCAGACGCGGUCUGGCUUCGAGCAGAUGAAAGCUGGCGAGGGAGAGCUUGGGCUCAUGGAUGCAAUUAAGAGGAAGACGGGGGCUGCGCAGAGUGAGGAUCAUAGGGACUCGUCCCGUUUGACCAAGGCGGAUAAUAGUAAAGCGCCUGGGGGUGUGUAUCAGGCUAUUCGGGAUGAAUUUAAGAAAUAG